UCCCGUCUCGGAUGGUCGACUUCUUCGACUACACGCGGUCCCGUCACCUCCCUCGCUCCCCAUCGUUUCCUCUCUCGUCCCCAAGAAAUAAACCCUAGAAUCGAACCCGCCUCCUCCUAUCCGUCCGUUCGUCCCGCUUGGCAGAAACGUUUCACGUCUUCGCCGGUGAGGCCUCCCGACGGACGAUCCGUGCCCUCCGGUCCGAUCGCCGGAGAAUCGAGGGUGGAGAUGGAAGAACCCAUUGCCGGAUCAAAGAACCCUAGAAGAGCUCGUCUCGCCCGCCGUGACCUCAACUCCAAGGACAUGGCGGGGGAUGGUGCCAUGGAUGGUGGAGUUGGUCAUGCUGAAGGAAUGGAGGAUGAUGAGUUGUAUGGGGAUAACGCCACCGAGGGAGGCUAUGAUGGAGUCCCAGAGGUAGGCAUGGUGUUUAAAACCCAUCAGGAAGUCUCUAAGUUCUACAAGAGAUAUGCUCGCCGGGUGGGAUUCGGAGUCUCAGUGAGAAGAUCUUCUUUCACCAAGGAAGGUCAAUGUCUGUAUCUAGAACUGAUGUGCUGCAAAGGUGGCCGGACACGGCCGGAGCCCAAGUUUAGGAAGAGGACUUCAGCAACCACAAACUGCCCGGCGAAGAUUAGGGUGAAGUUAUGGGGUGAUGGGUUGCUGCAUUUGGAGCUGGGCAACCUCGAUCACAACCACCCGGUUAGCCCGUCGAUGGCCCGGUUCUUGAGCUGCUAUAAACAGCUUGGGGCAGCCAAGAAGCGUGGCUCCAAACAUAUGAAUGAUGAUGGUGCACUGGUGCAGCCAGAGGAAUUGUCCCAAUUUCCUGUUGAUAGCUUAGGCGCGCUUGAAGAGCUACUCUUCAGUGAAAGUGAACAUAGGAGUUUUGUUGAACGAGGUCAGCUGAGGCUUGGGGAAGGAGAUGCCGAAGCUCUUCGCCUGUUCUUUACCCGAAUGCAAGCCAAGAACUCAAAUUUCUUUAAUGUCAUCGAUCUAGAUGAGGAAGGCUGUGUGAGGAAUGUGUUCUGGGCCGAUGCCAGGUCAAGGGCGGCAUAUGAGUAUUAUAAUGAUGUUGUUGCUCUUGAUACAACCUAUGUGACAAAUAAAUACGAUUUGCCUCUUGCAACUUUUGUGGGGGUGAACCAUCAUGGUCAGCCAGUGUUAUUGGGCUGUAGUUUGCUUUCAGAUGAGACCAUAGAGACCUAUGUAUGGUUGCUUAAGGCAUGGAUAGCAUGUAUGUCAGGGCAUCUUCCUAAGGCCUUGAUCAGUGACCAUUGUAAGGGCAUUCAGAGUGCGGUUUCUGAGGUGCUCCCAGGAAUUCACCAUCGCCUAUGCUUGUGGCAGAUGAUGAAAAGGGUCCCCGAAAAACUAGGGGGUUUGGCAGAGUAUAGAGCGAUUAACAAAGCGAUGCAAAAGGCUGUGUAUGACUCCUUGACGGUUGAUGAAUUUGAGGAAGAUUGGAGGAUGAUGAUUGAGAUAUAUGGACUUCAAGGGAAUGAGUGGUUGAGAUCACUAUACGAAUGUCGGCAUACUUGGGCCCCCGUUUAUCUUAAGGACACAUUUUGGGCAGGGAUGUCCACCACUCAACGUAGCGAGAAUAUGAAUACCUUUUUUGAUGGGUAUAUAGAUGCAAAAACUUCUUUGAAGCAGUUUUUUUGUAAAUAUGAGAUGGCCUUACAGAGUAAGUAUGAAAAGGAAGCCCAAGCAGAUUUUGAGACAUUCCACAAAAGACGACCCUCAGUGUCAAAGUUUUACAUGGAAGAGCAACUGUCCAAAGUGUACACUCUCAAUAUGUUUAAAAAGUUCCAGGAUGAGAUUGAGGCCAUUAUGUAUUGCCAUGCAUCACUAGUUAAGUCAGAUGGGCCAGUCUCUACUUUCAAUGUAAAGGAAUGUAUUUUUCUUGAUGAUGGUAAGAGGACAAUUAAUAGGAAUCAUGGAGUUUUAUACAACACAGAACAAAAGGAAGUUCAGUGCAUUUGUGGUUCCUUUCAAUUUAGAGGAAUUCUGUGUAGGCAUGCUUUAUCUGUUUUUAAGUUGCAACAAGUGCAUGAAAUUCCGUCCCAGUAUAUUCUUGAUCGAUGGAAAAAGGACUUCAAGCGGUUGCAUGUUAUGGCUCAUUCUUCAAAUGAUGUGGUUGCUAAUAACCGAGUGGAUCGUUAUGAUUAUUUAUCAAUGCGAUGCCUUCAACUGGUUGAAGUUGGAGUUUUAUCAGAUAAAUACCGACUCGCUUUGAAGUUGAUAAGGGAGAUGGAGAAGUUUCUUCUAAGUGAUAGCACCCAUGAUGAUACACAACCUAAGAUUAAGCCUCGUCUUCCUAAAACAAAGAGACUGAACCAGAAUAUCAAUCAAAGUGUAGGAAAGAUUGUAGCUCCAGAAAAUGGAAAUGAAAUGCGGCGGCGUGGUUGGCCACCACAAACAAAAGAGUCUCAGGUAGAGGCUUCUCUUGGAACAUCGAAGGAAGGAGUAAACCCGCAGGUCUUUCCAACUGGUAGCCAGUUUGGUGUACCAAGGCAUCACCCACAGUAUAUUGGCCAUCAAGCAGCAAUGAGGCCGAGCAUCGUUUAUAUGUUUCCGGGUGGGUUUGAUCCACAGACAUUCGGAAAUGGACCAAUGAUGCCGUGGAUUUAUCAGCAAAUGUUCCAGGCAGCUCAGAAACCAAAGGAAUCUCCUGGUCCAAGUGCAGGACAACCACCAAGAAAACGGAAGAUAUAUCGCGGCCACAAGCCUGUGGAAGGAACUCAGGAACCCAAAGAACAUUCUGCCCCAGCAGCUGGUUAGCAGUGAAACGGGUCAAAAUGCAGAAACAUGGUCCUGGUAAAAUGGUGGAAAUACUGGACUUUGUAACACAGGUACAUCUCUUAGCUUGAACAAUAAAAUUUAGAAGUUUCUUGAUCUGUGAUUUUCUCUGACUUCUUGUUCCUUUUUAGUCUGGCGGUUUUAACAUCUAGUAUUAUUUGGUCUAAGUGAGGUGUUCUUUGUUGGUGAAAACAAAUGCUUGCCGACUGGGAGACACUUAUACUACAAGUUAUUAGGCAAAGCUCAUAAUAACGGCUGUGAGAACAGUUUUGCUUGAUGAUGGGGACUUGGAUUAUGGCUAUCAUCUGGCAGUCAUUCUGUUACAAUGGCCUUUGUAUAACGGGAUGGCUGUUCUUUAACAUUUUCUAAUUCAUUUAUAAUAAGAAUCUUUAUAACUAUUCUUUUAUUUCCAAAUAAAUUCUUUCAGGCAAUUAACAUAAGCUCUGGUUUUGGAGGUGGAAGACACGGGGGUAUCACUGAAAAAGAGGUUGGAUUUUUUUUAUUUUUUUUGGCCAUCUAAUGCAUUUCAUAGUCAUCUAAUGACGAGAAACCUAAGAAGCCAGCAUCACAAAUUAUGGUCUGAUGCAGCAGACAGGGAUUGUUAAGGUCAAAUAACGGUCAAAGGAUUGCUGUGCCGGCAAAUUAUAUAAUGCAGUAGAAAUUUCAAAUGCACCGGCUCAACCUGAAAGAGAUCCAGAACGGCAGCAUCCCUCUUUAAUAUUAGUGCUCACAUUCACAAUUGCAGCAUCUCGCAUACUGGAAUCUAGUUACCGUCAACAGCUCUUCUGGAUCAAAUUAUUUAAGCAGAAGAUAAAUGCUAUUCGAUUGGAAGCAAAAA